AUGAAUGACGCUGAUGUAUCGAGGCAGAUUCAGCAGAUGGUGCGGUUCAUCCGCCUGGAGGCGGAGGAGAAAGCUAAUGAAAUCUGUGUCUCCGCCGAGGAGGAAUCCAACAUAGAGAAACUGCGACUAGUUGAAGCUGAGAAGAAAAAGAUCAAACAAGAUUAUGAGCGUUAAGGGAAAACAAGAAAAUGCGACGAAUAUUCAACCCAAUUGAAUGCAGCUCGAAUAGAAGUUCUUCAGGCGCAGGAUGAUGUGGUGAAAGCCAUGAAAGAUUCAGCUUCCGAGGAGCUUGUGCGCGUUUCCAAUGACAAGAAGGCAUACAAAACGCUUCUAAAAAGCUUAAUUGUUCAGACUAUGCUAAGCCUGAGGGCGCCGGCGGUGUUGCUGAGGUGCAGAGAGAUAGACCAUAAAGUGGUUGAGUCAAUCUUGUAUGAAGUGAUAAAAGACCAUACUGAGAAGGCCAAAGUAGCAGCCCCCAGUAUCACCAUUGACACUAAAGUGCACCUCCCACCACCUCCAAGCAAUGAAGAUCCACAUGCUCCUUCUUGCUCUGGCGGGGUAGUCGCGGCUUCGCAGGAUCGGAAGAUAGUGUGUGAGAAUACUUUAGAUCAUAGAUUGGAUAUUGCUUUUCGCAAAAAACUGCCUGAGAUUAGGAAGCGCCUUCUGGGAAAAGUGGGUGCAUGA